AUGAAUCUGAUACCCAGCUUGCUGCUAUUCGCCUGCAAAGUUUUGGUAGUUUUCUGCACCACAGCCAAGUACAGCACGUUUGAGGAGGAUGCUGCAGGCACAGAGAUCGGAAACCUGGCCUUGGACCUGAGGCUGGACCCAGGAGAAGAUCCAGAGACGUCCUUCCGGUUCAUGCAGAAGAACAACCAGUCUGUGAUCAACAUGAGGCCGACCGAUGGCCUGCUGACGGUGGGGGAGAUCAUAGAUAGAGAGCGGCUGUGCCUCCGGACCUCCCCCUGCCUCAUCACCUUCGACGUGGUGGCCUUCUCCAAGGAGAAGUUUCACCUUGUGCAUGUGGAGAUCGAGGUGAAGGACGUGAACGACCAUGCGCCCCGCUUCCCACGCAACGAGACCAGAGUAGAGGUCUUGGAAAGUGCCAGUGUGGGCACGCGAAUUCCGCUGGAUGUUGCUGUGGACCAGGACGUGGGGGACAACUACAUCCAGAGCUACCACAUCUCCCACUCCAGCCACUUCAUCAUUGACACACGGACACGGGACGAUGGCAUCAGGCACGCUGAACUGGUGCUGGUGAAGAAGUUGGAUCGCGAGCUGGAUGACAGCUACAUCCUGGAUGUCACAGCGACAGACGGUGGAACUCCACCCAAGUCAGGCUCUAUGACUGUUUAUAUGAGAGUGUUGGACUGCAAUGACAACAGCCCCACCUUCGAGCACAGCUCCCUGAAAGUGGAGCUGUCUGAGGACUCAGCGAUCGACGUCCGGGUACUGAAGGUGCACGCCUUCGACCCAGACGAUGGCCUAAAUGGACAGGUGGUGUAUGGGUUUGCAGGAGGUCCUUCGUCUGAGGCUGCUAGGGUUUUCCACAUCGACUCCGCCACGGGGGAGGUGACCCUCCAGGAGAAAGUAGACUAUGAAAAACAGAGGACUUACGAGCUUCAAAUCGAGGCCUCGGACCUGGGUGAGAACUCGGCCUCAUCCACCUGUAGGGUUGUGGUGGAUAUUGUGGACAUCAACGACAAUGCUCCGGAGAUUUCCAUCAAGCCCAUGACGUCCACAAGUGAUGGCGUGGCCUACAUCACAGAGGCGGCAGCACAAGAGAGCUUUGUGGCUCUCAUCAGCACCACGGAUCGUGACUCAGGACCCAACGGCUAUGUCCGCACGAGCUUGCAAGGGCACCAGCACUUCAGGUUGCAGCAGGCCUACGGGGACACGUUCAUGAUCGUGACCACUGCAGCCUUGGACAGGGAGCAGAUCGCAGAGUACAAUCUCACGAUAGUUGCAGAGGACUUGGGGUCACCACCUUUUAAAACAGUCAAGCAAUACACAAUUCGAAUAAGUGACGAGAAUGACAACGCGCCUCAGUUUAGUCAGACAGUUUAUGACAUUUCCGUGUCAGAAAAUAACAUUCCAGGCUCAUAUAUAACCACGGUAUCAGCACGUGAUCUUGAUGCUGGGAAAAAUGGGAAAGUGCUAUAUAGUCUCGUUGAUGGACAAGUACUGGACGACUCGCCUUUCUCAACAUUUGUCUCGAUAGACCCUCUUUCAGGAUCUUUGUUCAGCCUGAGGUCCUUCGAUUUCGAAUCUCUGAGGGAAAUAGAGUUCUCUGUUCAAGCUAGCGACAAAGGUUCCCCGCCUUUGUCCAGCGUCUCUUUAGUCCGAAUCCGAGUUGUGGAUGAAAAUGACAACUUUCCCUAUUUUACCUACCCUGAAUUCAAAAAUGAUUCUGCUGAUGUCCCACUGCCAUCUAACUCUCCCUCCGGAUUCCUCGCCCUGCGGGUCGCCGCCCAAGACGAGGACGACGGCGCCAACGGUGAGGUCACCUUCCGGAUUGUGGAGGGCGACAAGAAACUCUUUUCCAUCGACAAAAAGAGUGGGGCGAUUGUUCUGAGACAAAAGAUCACUGCUGCCUGCGGCGACACACUGCAAAUCAAAGUAUCUGUUUCCGAUAACGGAAAAGCUCCUCUCUCCAGCACCGCCACCAUCAGGUUCAUCAUUACAGACACAGCCUCUCCUGAAGAACAGGUGCUCAUCCUGCUAAACUCUAAAGAUGAAGAGUGUUUUGAUGCCUGGACAGUGGUCUUUCUCGCUCUUGCUGGGGGCUGCGCUCUGCUGCUGGUAGCAAUCGCUAUUGUUACAGUGGCAUGUAAACUCUGUCAGAGGAAAGGCCGCAGUACUCAGAGGAACACCGCCUGCGGUUUGUAUGGAUCGACCCCUUUUUCGAUGCACUCCGCAGCGAACGCAGGAGCGUAUGGCGGGACGAGAGUUUUUCUCAACAACGAGCGCGAUGUGGCUCGCGAGUGCUUGUAUGAAGAUAAGAGCCUUGGCUCUGAAGAGAAGCUGUUCCUGCCCUGCAAACCUUUCCAACAAACAAAUCUAUGGCAAGAUGAGAAGUACUGUCUACAAAAAAGUGGCACCAGCAACACGGACCAGCUGAGCAUGAAGGACAGCGGCAAAGGGGACAGCGAUUUCAACGACAGCGAUUCAGACAUCAGCGGAGAAGGGCUUAAAAGGAACCUCACUACCUUCCAGCCGUGGGUCAAAGGUUCCUUUGUGGCGCACGAGUCCCCGGUGGCCGACUGGCAGGGGAGAUACGGAGGUUCAUCUUCUGGGGACGUUUAUACAAUAAGCUUCUCCCAGUCGCUCGUUCAUAAUAAAACUCAUGCUAAUCCUCAUUCCUGGAAAGAGUCCUGCUACGGCACCAGCACUCUGAAAGCGAGGAACUCGGCCUUGACGUACUUGAGGACGGAAGCCUUGCCAUCGUAUGCGGCCCAUCAAGCGGCUGCCGGCAUCGACCAGCGGCUCGAACUCAAUCCAGAUGGGUUAGCGAACUCGACCGUGUCUGAAAUUGCGACUACCUUUUAA